AUGGCAGGUGUUCUCAAAACACCUGUGUACAUUAAAAAGGGGCUGUAUUUCAUCCCAACUAUUUACGUGGAUUUCCAUUGGAAACUGAGGCCUAGCAGCCUAAGACCCAGAGCACCAACAGGAUUUGUGAUAACCAACAUCUGCUCAAAAACCAACUGGUCAAAUUGGUCAACAGAAACAUCCACCACUUCCUCCCCACUCAACACACCAGAAUUGUCUUCACAUAACACACCACAUCAUUUGGAUAGCUCACCCCUCAGCAAUCUCAAAGAUGAAGACCAGAAUAACAUCCCAUUCCCUGAGUUAGACAUCCCAGAAUUGGACUUCCAGCUACCUCCACUCGAUUUCCAACCACUACCAUGCUAUGUAAAAAUCAAGCCACUCAAGCCUAUACCUACAGCACCAGACUACGACUUAGCCAUGUUCUUUGCAAUUGCACAAACUAAGAGCAACAUGCCUGCAGAGACACCACAGAUCUUCCAUGGCAAUGGCCGUUGUGGCCACGCCAAUCUCACUUGUAUAUGCAUAUGGAGACAAGCAGUUCGGAGAAGGAGAACAGAGCAAGGGGAAAGGGGAUGGGUCGGUGUAGAUAAGGGCACCACACCGACCCCACAAACAGCAGAGACCCAUACUGGGACAGAUGUCCUCGCAUGCACGGAGGCACCAUGUGAGGACCAGAUGAUUCAGACAAGCCCCCAGGUCCCACUCGCACCUUUAGUUACACCUGACGCACAUGUAUCCCUGACAACAAACAAGACCGACAUUGUUGACUUGUACACAGCAGGACACGCAUCACUCAAUAAGGCACAAAUAGGAACUGGCGAAGCAGUCCCGUUCAUUCACCAAGUCAAACUAAAAGGACCAAAUGGAGAACUGGUCAGGAUCCAAGCACUCUUUGAUGAUGGUGCCAUGGUACCCGCAAUGUGCUCAUCAAUCUUCAACAAAGUCAAGCACCGGCUACAGAACUUCAGCCCAUCAACGAAACGCCUGCGAAUGGCAAACGGAACCAUAGUCACCUCAGAAGCUCAAUGGUCAGGAGUCAUCGAACUCAAUGGAUGGAGGUGGCUGGGCCUUCCUGUUCGGGAAGCCAAUGCUACAAGCCUUCAGGGCCAUACACAACUACUCAAACGAUGCGAUCAAGAUAGCAAACGACUUGCAGUCGACAACGCUAACGAAUCAAGUCGCACACCCACAUGCAAUGCACGGGAUAAGCUUAACAAUGGAUAUCAAACAACGAGCAAUCUUAGCGGGGGCGAAACUAAUGAAAAUUUUUUGAUGCACCAACUGAUGGGUCAAUGGAGACACACGCCUAUGAGUGCAGAGGCAGAUAACCCACAGGAAGAAGUAUUCCGUGAAUUGCCAGAGUUACCGACAAACGAAGACCGAUCCAUCUACACCAGACACAUGUGGCCAGAAAACCCUGCACAAGUCGCAAAAAUUUUGUCAUUGAUCACCUUUGGUGAGGACCUCUCACAAGAACAACACAUGCAACUAGAAGACUUCGUAUGGAAACGAGCAAAAAACUUCGUGUUAUCCUUGAAAGAAAUCACUCCAAUCCUGGGAGCAUAUCUCAACCUCAACGUCCCCAAGAACACAACCUUCAACCUGCACACCCACCAAUGA